UUUUUAAAUUAUUUACAAAAUAGGUUAGAGAACCUGGCACAAACUAAAAACCAUGACUCUACAAGGUUUCUUCCUCUAAUUCCCAAAAUUUGGAAAUGUAGUGCCCAAGUAAGAAGGAAGCAUUUGUCACUAUAAAAUUGACAUCUCCUGGUACUACACAAACCACCUAACAAUGGAAGAAGUGACGCUACAUGGAUUUUGGGCUAGCCCUUUUAGUCACAGAGUAAUAUGGGCUCUGAAACUAAAGGGUGUGAAGUAUGAGUACAUAGAAGAAGGCUUCGCCAACAAGAGUCAACUGCUUUUACAGUAUAAUCCAAUUCACAAGAAGAUCCCCGUGCUUGUUCGUGGUGGCAAACCAGUUGUGGAGUCCCUUGUUAUUCUUGAAUACAUCGAAGAGACAUGGCCGGAGAACCCGCUGCUGCCCGAUGAUGCCUACGAGAGAGCCAUGGCUCGGUUUUGGAUUAAAUUUGGAGACGACAAGGAUCUUAUAAUUUGGGCAAUGUUUCAAACCACCGGAGAAGAACAAAAAAAUGUAAUAAAAGACAACUUAGAAAUGUUAAAAACACUGGAAAAAGCUCUAGGAGAGAAGAAAUUCUUUGGUGAAGAGUGGAUUAGCAUAGUUGACAUAUCCUUUGGAGUGUUUGCUUACUAG